UGACUUUGUCACUGUUCUCCCAGCUCUCCUGUCCCUCCCUGGCGUCCCCUCGCCACCCAGUCUGUCCCUGCAGUUAAAGCUCUCUUUGUUGCUUCCCCACAUCUCCCUAUUUAUACAUUUCGUCACGUGUGCCUGCCCCAUCGUGUGCCGGAAACUUCUGGGUCUGCCACAGUGGGGGCUGCCCUCCUCCCGGACAUCUGCUAGCCUGGCUGGCCUGGCGACGUGGACACGGGGAUAGUGGCUUCCUUCCUCAGGCAUGCGGGGCCCCUGCCAGGAGGAUAAGGAGGUGCUGUGGGGCCCCAGGCGAUGAGGGGCACUUGGUGAUCCCAAGGGGUCAGGAGCCACUAGUUUCCUGCCCGGAGGGGCCACUUGGACUGUGCAGGGGCUCAGCACAAAGGUGGGUGGUUUCCCUCUGAGCACCCCCUCUUUGAGGGCUCGGGGAAAGUCGGGGUGCGAGAGUGGACAUCGGGCUGCUGGCCUCCCUGGGCCUGUGUGCCCCUCGUGCGGUUCCAGCAGGGCUUGUGGCCUUGGGGGUCCCAUGGAAACACGUGUCCUGGCCGUGGGGGAGGAUGAAGGACCCAGCCUGCUAGAGAAGGAGAAUAGGGUCCUUCUGCCCCCGGCUGGGUGCAAGUGCGGCAUCCUGGGGGACCCGGCCCCUCUGACGGCGUUCGUCCCCCAUGGAGCUCCUUCCCCCACCCGAGAGAACAGGCCCGUGUCUGCUCAGCAGUGUGUGUCCCCCCGCAGGGUGCUGACGGCCGGGAGGUGUCUCCCACCCCUCGCUGUGGCUGAGUAGGCCCGACGCCAGGCAGAACCGGGCCUCACAGGCCCUCGGCCCAGCGUCCUUCUGCGGGGAACCCUUGGCAGCCGCUCCCAUCAGCCAGCGGGAAGGUUCUGGAAGAGAUCGUGGCCGUCCCCUGGGUGGUUCAUGGGCAGCGGCAGGGGCUCCCCGCAGAGGCCAGGCCCGCCAUGCUGCAGUGCAGGCCGGCCCAGGAGUUCAGCUUCGGCCCCCGGGCCCUGAAGGAUGCCCUAGUCUCCACCGACCCGGCCCUGCAGCAGCUCUAUGUGUCCACCUUUUCCCCGGCCGAGAGACUCUUCCUGGCCGAGGCCUACAACCCCCAGAGGACCCUCUUCUGCACGCUGCUCAUCCGCACGGCCUUCGACUGGCUGCUCAGCCGCCCCGAGGCCCCCGAGGACUUCGAGACCUUCCACGCCUCCCUGCUGCCCAGGAAGCAGAGCCCAGCACGGAAGCACAUUUACCUGCAGCCGAUAGAUCUGAGUGAGGGCGCGGCGGGCGGCGCUCUGCUGGACCACCUUCGCAGCUGCGCGGAGGCCUUCUUCCUGGGCCUGCAGGUCAGGUGCCUGCCCUCGGUGGAGGCCGCGUCCAUCCACUGCUCCUCGCGCCCCAGUCAGGACUCGGACAGGCUGCAGCUCCACACAGACGGCAUCCUGUCUUUCCUGAGGAGCAGCAAGCCGGGGGACGCGCUGUGUGUGCUGGGCCUCACGCUGUCCGACCUAUACCCCUGCGAGGCCUGGAGCUUCACCUUCGGCAAGUUCCUUCCAGGCCAUGAAGUGGGCAUCUGCAGCUUCGCCCGGUUCUCAGGGGAUUUCCUGCAGCUGGGGCCCAGCGCCUCUGAUCCGGCCCCGGCAGAGGCGGCAGCAGACGGCUCCGAGACCCCUGUACAGGACAGAGGCCGGGCCCUGUGCUUCAGCGCCCUGGGGAUGGUCCAGUGCUGCAAGGUCACGUGCCAUGAGCUCUGCCACCUCCUGGGCCUGGGGAACUGCCGCUGGCUCCGCUGCCUCAUGCAGGGCGCGCUCAGCCUGGACGAGGCCCUGCAGCGGCCCCUGGACCUCUGUCCCAUCUGCCUGCGGAAGCUGCAGCACGUCCUGGGCUUCAAGCUCGUCGAGAGGUACAAAAGACUCUACUCCUGGACUCAAGCGGUGGUGGGGAUGCGGCCGGGCCAGGAGGCAGGGGAGCCGUCUGUGUCGGAGGACACCCUGCCCUGCAGUGCUGACUCGGGCCUGUGCUGCGAGAGCGACUCGGAGCCUGGCACCAGCCUGUCGGAGCCCCUCACCCCUGACGCGUGGAGCCAUGCCUUCUCCGCGGGGCCGGAGCUGGAGCCUGAGGACGGUCUGAGCUCCCUGGCGGCCUCGGAGCGCCCGCCGCAGCUUGGAACCCCAGUGGAGGCCAUCAAGGAGCACGGACGGUGGCUGGCGACAUGCAUCCAGGCCCUGGAGAGGGAAGUGACUGAGGAGGAGCUGGCGCGGGUGGACAGAGCCGUGGACGCCCUCGCCCGGUGGGAGAUGUUCACGGGGCGGCUCCCGGCCACCAGGCAAGACCUGCCCUGCGGCAGAGAUGGCCCAGGGCUGCGCAAGGUCUUGGGGGACAAGUUCUCCUCCCUCAGGAGGAAGCUGAGUGCCCGCAAACCGUCCAAGGCAGAAUCCUCCCCCUGUCGCUGGAAGGCCGAGGAGCAUUAGCACAGCCAGCGUGUCCUGUCCAAGGCCUGUCAUUCCUUGGGACACCACCGGCCUGGCGCUGCCCAGUGACCGAGGGCGCUGUGGGCCCCCUGGGGUCUGAAGGAGAGGGCUCUAGGGAAGCCGAGGAGGGUCUGAUGGCUCUCUCAAGAAGCUCUGUGUCCCACCACUCACUCCCUGUCCCGACCCCAGACUCGCAAUGUGACCAGUGGCCUCCGGGUCCCAGCAGAGGGUUCACAGGCACCCUGAGGGGCUGUCCUCAGGCCCAGCCUGGACGUAAUUGUAGGUGGCGGGAGGUAGGGGGCUCUGCUACUGCAAAUUUGGCCUCCAAGGCCCAGAGCCGAGGUCUCCACUCAGGCGGGAGGCAAGGGGGUCUUGUCUCUAUCUACAACGCACCUCCCCGCCCCCCACCCCCCCAAAAGGGUCGCUUUCUGUGGCGCUAAUGGCAUUCUGAUCCUUAGGGACUUCACAAGGGUGUCUCGGUGAAAGUUCUGGGAGGCCACCACCCACCGGAGGAUGUGCCCACUGAGGGUUGCUGUUUCUUGACAAACGUUGAGAAAGCAGGCCGUCUGCUUUGCAGGUUUGAAGGUGCUGUAAGGCAGAGGCCCUUCUGAUGCCCUGAGACGGCUGCCUGCUGUAACCUUCGGUGCUGGGGACAGCCUGACAAAGGUGGCCUGCAGUGUCAGUGUCAGGUCAAGGUGGUUCUAGUGGUGUUCAGAACGUCAUGUGUUUACGGACUUUUUUUUGUCUAGUUCUAUCAUCUUCUUUUUGUCUAGUUCUGGUGAGAGAACUGAUAUAGAUGUGAAAACAUCAGCCACACCUGUGCAAGUGUCUGUGUCUCCCCUUAAUUUUGUCAACUUUUGCUUCCCGUUAUUUGAAGCUCCUUUAUGUGCAUACGCAUUUGAUUGCUAUGUUUUC